UCAUAUUUCAGUUGCCCAGCCGCUGUUCUCGGUGUAAACUCUCGAGCACCGCGCGCGACAGACAUGGCGGCGGCUCCGUUAGCCCACUUCGACGAGGAAUGGCAGGACUUCAACGAGUUCAAGGAGUCGCCCGCGGAUCUGGACCAGCUCAACUCCAACUUGGUGCUGCCCGACGACGAAGCUCCGGCGGUCACCGAGGGCCCGGAGGAUCUGUCCGACCUGGACAACAGUUUCUCCGGGGAGAUCUGUAGCUUCCAGUCCAUGGAGGACCUCGUCCACGACUUCGAUGCAAAGCUGAGCGUGUGCUUCCGGAACUACACCACCACCACGGAGCACAUAGCCCCCAUUAAACCCAUCACGGAUGAGGAUUAUCUGAAGGACGACGAGAUGUGGAACACUCUGACGGACAACUACGGCAACGUGAUGCCGGUGGACUGGAAGACGUCACACACGCGCUCGCUUCACCUACCCGCCCUCAACCUCAACCAGCGGCAGAAGGUCGACAACCAGUGGUUGGAUCUGUCGGACGACGAGGAGCUGCGGGAGCAGAUGGACAUGCACUCCAUCAUCGUCUCCUGCGUGGACGACGAGCCGCUCUUCACCGCCGAGCAGGUGAUCGAGGAGAUCGAAGAGAUGAUGCAAGAGUCCCCCGACGAUGACGACAGUCCUUCCCACUCCGACCUGUCCGUGCUCUCCCGGGACCUGAAGCGCUCGGUCUCUGACACUAGCUACGAGGACCGCCUGCGUCAGCUGUCCGUGUCGGAGCUGAGCGAGACGCUGGAGGAGGUGGAGACGGCCAUCCAAAGCUUCAGCGAGGAGUUGGUGCGGGCGCUGGCGCUGCGGGACGAGCUGGAGUACGAAAAGGAGGUGAAGAACAGCUUCAUCUCGCUGCUCAUCGACGUCCAGAACAGGCAGAAGGAGCAGCGCGAGCUGCUGCGCAAGAAGAAGAAGAUCCGUAGCAGCGCGGCGGCGGCGGUAGCCAACGGCCAGCGCGGCGUGGUGCCGGGCACGCGCCUCACUCUGGAGGGACUCUCCAAUGUCAUACAAAAUGGCCUCCGGCAAACUUUUGGUACCGCAGGAGGGGACAAACAGUACCUGACCACGGUGAUCCCCUAUGAGAAGAAAAUGGGCUCCCCCGCAGUGGAAGACCUCCAGAUCCUAACAAAGAUUCUACACGCCAUGAGGGAUGACAGCGAGAAGGUUCCUGCCCUGCUCACAGAUUACAUCCUCAAAGUUCUUUGUCCCACGUAAAAAUGCAAAAUGAUCCACAAGCUCUCUGGAGCGACGUCGCAAAGAACCUUCCAGAACUUUUCAACAAAGACUUUCUAACCUUUUUAUGUUUUUACCUGGACAUUGAGUUGGACUAUCCCAAUUCUCCGUGGACGCUAACCAGUAUUACUCAUCACAAUGAUCUUUAAUGGACUAUUUUUUUUUCCUCCCCCCCAAGAAGGGAAAGACUCCAGUUAGCCUCAGACUGACCUUAGCAUCUGGCAAACUCUGCUAAGUUGAAUGCGGCAAGGAAAUAUUUUUGUCUCUGAUGCAGAAAGGAAAGGCAGACGAACAAGCAAACUCGGUCGUGUCAUCUGUGUUUAGUUGUUUGCACGCUUCGGAUCGUAGCUAGCACUUGUCUUUGUAGUGGUCCGCUCAUGUCGUGUUUUAGCGCUUUUAGCUAGUUAGCAUGCGUCGUUAUUGUUCGCCCCCACCUUAACUAAGGAUUUUUUUUCCCUGUAAAAUGUUUGCACAUUAACGCUCAAGAGUUGCUGGCCACAUUCUGGCAGCUUUUUUUUUUUUUUCUAAAUAGCAAGAGUCACCCGGCAGUUGAACGUAUUCCAAUGGCUACGUAGUUUACAAAGCGAGCUACGAUCGGGUCCGUUAGCACUCUCAGGUACGACCGUCAGCAUCUUCAGUCGUAUUACGGCGUCCGCGUAGUCAACCCGGCAUUGAAAUUUCCCAAGAAAGAGAACAAAAAGGCUUGCGUGUGCGCUUUUGAACGUUUGAAAUGAGAUUCUGUGUAAACUGUGACGUGCCACUAGCACUUUACCGCCACGCGUACUUUUCUCCUUUGGCGUAUUUUUAUUCAAAGACAUUUUUGGAAAUUCUCAGUCUUGCGCGUGAAAUCCAAAUCAGGUCCAUUUCAGGUCAUGGAAAUAUUUUGCUAGAACCCGAUGAGAAGAAAGGAAUUUAGUUUUUUAAUAAUGAGACGUCAAUGCUCCCUUUAAAGUACAAUUUUAGAGAUUUAUAUUUUAUAUGCAAGACGAGCAACAGUCACAAAAAAAGAGAGAAAGACUGCCUUUGUAAAAUCUUUGUUUUUUAACUCGACUGUUUUUAAUUUUAAAAUUCCACCCCAGUUGUGGGAGGUCUGUUUAUUCUCGUGGUACUGCAGUAUAUUAAUUUAUUGUUUUGUCAUUUAUUUUUGGUGACAUUCUAUCGACUGUAAUGGUUUUGUGGCAGCGUUGCACCUCAUUUCAAUUAAAAUGAGAAGAACUACAUUUUCUACGCUUCUUUUUUUUGAACUUAUCCUCUCAUUGCUGUCAAGUCAAUCUGCAGGUUUCACGCUGCCCUUGAUUUGGGAUGGCAGUGAGUCACAAGUUGGUGUCUGUAAACAUGGUGUGCUCCUUCCUGACGGUGCUGAAGCCUUUCACGCUGUCCACAAACUCCUCGUCGUCCAUAAACUGGAGGAAAGGAGGGAGGCAGGUGAUCCCAAGCCAUUUGAGCAUUUGAAGAGUGAAAGAUGGCUCACCAUGCCGCUAUCAUGGCCCCACGCCUCCCCCAAUGACUUUUUGUCCAUCACCUGGCUGACACUGCGCCUCAAGGAAGUCUCGCCUCCUCCUUUGUCACCUGCGCGUUUGGCCUCCAGCUCCUCCUAGUGGCCGGGAAGACAUCAGAAAGGUGGUCACCGUGGCGACACAGGUACACAAGCAUUACCUCCAUCUUGAUGGUGAAAGACUUGAGCGUCACACUGCUGACCACACCCGCCGUGUCGAACUGAAAUUGGAGUUCCAACAAUAUGUUGCUGUGCCGUAUGCGUUACAGUAGCAGUGGCACCAAAGAUGCUAGUUUUACUUAGCCUGUCUGCAAAAAAACAUCUUAACAUCUUUGUUUUGCCAAAUUAGGUUCUGCUACUUUUGCUUGCCCGUCGCACCAAGACAGAGUUGCUGGCUGGAUAGACAGCCAGGGGAUGUCGCUUCUGCAUGGCCGCCAAGGGGGGUCUCUCUCUGGUCAGGGGGGCUUUCUUCAACACCUGCCACACAUUUGAUUGGCUGUCUCGGAAGGUGGCGAAGGAAGUGAGCGGUGAAAGUGGCCACCUGACCUUGUGGAGGGCCACGGCCAGGGCCACGGCCAUCAGCAUCAGGGCCACGGCCCCCAUCGCCACCAUGAACCACAGCUGCUGGGAAACCGGCGUGGCCUGGUCCACCUCUGCACGCUCGCCUCCCAUUGGUCCCUCUGGAGGGCCGGGGCUCGCUGGAUAUGGAGUGAAUGCAAAAUGAAAGUUCAUGUUCACAGCCGCUGCAUCACAUAUUUGAGAAGUGUCUACUCACUUGCGUUGUGGUCCAGGUUUGCGCAUCAGAAUGUGGAAGAGCAGCUGGGCCUCCGGUACGCUGCCUGUUGCCGCAUUGAAGUGACGUGUCAAAUUUCACUUUUUUAAAAAACCAACUCCUCUUAGCGAGUAGGUGUGCUCCGCCAUUGCAUGGCCCUUUGCUUCUUGUCUCUUCUUUGGAUCUCCAUAACAACCAACCAGCAGGUGUCGGCUUACCCGGGGAAAACGAUACCACCCUGGAGUCCUUAGAAACCAGAGACUCAUUUGCAGCUCCAACCAUGGUCUCUCGAUCACCGUAUAAAGUUAAAAGCCAUUUUGCCUUACUGUAUGUUCGGUAUUAUUGGAACUAAGAUUGUGCAACUAGAAAAUGCAAUUUCUGGAGAAAUGAAGGCGAAAACUAUGAAUAACUUCUUUGGGGAAUGUUGCCGAAUGAUGUUGAAACGAGUGGAAUUACUUGAGAAAUGAAGACAAUUUUGGAGAAAUUGUGGUGAAUUUCAAAAUUGAAAGUUUGGAAUAUUUGGUUAGUGGGAAGUAGGCAAACUAUUAUGUAUUUAUGCCGUUCACUGACGGAUCCGUUGAUGCUCGAGGGGAAGGAAGGCAGUUCACCCUAGUGAACGAUUCGUUCAAAAGAACGAAUAUUUUCAGUGAACGAAUCACUUCCUACAGUGAUUCGUUCUUCUUUCAGUUCAUAUGACUUCAACCAGUAGGUGUCAGUAAUGCCCAUUGAAGCUGGUGCCACCUCGCCGUAAAAGAAAACGAAGAAAAAGGCCUGUCACGUGGUACGCGAUUGUGCAAAGCGCCAUUGGACGAGCAGGCGCAGGAAAUUUGAAUUGCCGGAUGUGACGUCAUGAAGCGGGAACGGCGCGUGCUCAAGGGAAGUUGUCAUAUACGGGUGCGGACGCGCGGGCGGGCCCUUUCUCAGAUUCAAGGCGAGUUCUCAAAUGCAGGCGCCACCGACCGUGUGGCCGUUUCUCAGGAUUCAAGGCGAGUUCUCAAAUACAGGCGCCACCGACCGUGUGGCGGUUUCUCGGGAUUCAAAGCGAGUUAUCUAAUACAGGCGCCACCGACCGUGUGGCGGUUUCUCGGAUGGCGCCCGCCCCCCCAACAAACAUUUGCGAGUGUGAUUUUCUCCCGCCAUUUUUGACGCUCAUAAAGGCCUCCCAGCUAGCACCCUUCUAUACAAAGCAAGCAGGAUGCUCCUGAGCCAUCUCAGUGAUGUUGAGGAUGCUGAGGAAGAGUAGUCCCAAAUCAGGUUUUUUUUUUUUUUUGAUGAAGCCGGUGAGAAGUCACACCCAUCAACCUCCCUGAUGGCAGAGCUGUGCUUUACCAUUAGCCAGACCAGGCAACUGCCUGGGGCAAGGCCACUAGGGGGCUCUCUUAUUUAUCCAUUUUUACAUUUGGCACUUGUCCCCUGUAUUCUUGCACUCUCGUACGCUGCUGUGACAAGUAAAUUUCCAUGUUGUGGAAUAAAGUUGUAUCAAUCAA